AUGCCGUCCCCAUUCUUCACCCGGAACGCCCAAACCGAAGCAGAUAGCCUCGCCCUCCUGCAACUCCGUCGCGAUCAGAUCAUCCCGACGAUCCUCCGCGACCAUGACGAUGAGAACCAAGGCUAUUGGGAAGGCAAGGUCACCAACACCCGCUUCGGUUCAUUCCCACACAGCACUUUGAUUGGGCAAACUUGGGGCUCGCAGGUUGUCGCUUCAAAAGUCGACACAGGCUCGCGCGGUCGCAACCAAUCCGCCAAGCGCAAGGCUGAAGAACUCGAUGCCGACGCAACAACAACCGGCGCAGAGGAGGAGAAGAAGAAGCCAUCAUUAAGAGCCCCCGUCUCAGCGGAAAGUGGUUUCCUGCACAUCCUCGCCCCGACCCCCGAAGCGUGGACCAUAUCUCUUCCCCACCGCACGCAGGUUGUCUACACCCCAGACUACAGCUACAUCCUCCACCGACUCCGCGCACGACCUGGUUGCACAGUCAUUGAAGCCGGAGCCGGUAGCGGCUCAUUCACACACGCCUCUGCUCGCGCCGUUUUCAACGGGUAUCCCGGGACCGACGGAGCGACCAAACGGCAACGACUGGGAAAAGUAUGCAGUUUUGAAUUCCACGAACAGCGCGCGGCCAAAGUGCGGCAGGAACUGAAAGACCACGGUCUGGACGGGAUAGUGGAGGCUACGCAUCGCGAUGUCUACGAAGACGGAUUUCUGUUGGGCGAUCCCAAAACCGGCAAAUCGCCCAAGGCCAAUGCCAUCUUCCUGGAUCUACCCGCUCCCUGGCUCGCAUUGAAACAUCUCGUGCGCAAUCCGCCUCCUGGGCAGGAAUCGGCUCUCGACCCUGAGUCGCCCGCUUAUCUGUGCACAUUCUCGCCCUGUCUCGAGCAGGCUGAGCGUACAAUCCGCACUAUGCGGAAGCUGUCAUGGCUGAAUAUUUCAAUGGUGGAAGUCGCUCAGCGUCGACUUGACGUCAAACGGGAACGUAUCGGGCUGGAUACCGAGGGCGUACGCGGAGCUACAUUGUAUCCAAAGACGGUUGAGGAGGCUGUCGCAAAGCUUCGCAGUGAUGAACAACGUGCGAAGCUCAUCCGUGACAACCGAGCGAGCAAAGACGAUCCAGAUUAUCAGCCAAUUGCGAAGGAGACUCCGUUCUAUAAAGAGAAGACCGAUGUCCCCUUAUAUGCUCAGGGUCGUUUGACGCAUCGGUCAGAGCCAGACCUCCGAACUCACACAUCAUACCUGGUCUUUGCGAUCCUGCCUCGGGCUUGGUCUGAAGAACAAGAGCAAAAGUGCCGGGAUCAAUGGCCGUCCGCCAAGGUCGCUAAGCCCGAUGAGCCGAAGAUAAGCAAGAAGCAAAUGAAGAGAGAGGCUGCAGCGGAACGAGCAAGGCUUCGCGACGAACAGAAGAAAUUGGAAGAAAAUCCGCAGCCAGGAUCGGGAGAUAAGGCUGAGGAAGAAAAGGUGGAAGAGAGCACCGAGGCAUGA